AUGAAAAGUUGGUUAGAAGCCAGUGGCAUGGACGAGGGUAUGCCGUGCAUGCUGACGGAGCCUCGAGAAGCUCUACUGCCGAUAACUGGCAGGGAAAACUUGGCGCCUAGGAAAAGGGACCGUACUUUAGAAUCUUGCGCGCUAUCAGAAGAAGCGUAUCUCUCGAGUGGCGCGGGCUCCCCAUGCGCAGGGUUGUCACGCGAGGAGCGCAGGCGCAGACGUCGCGCUACCCUCAAGUACCGCACCGCGCACGCGACCAGGGAAAGAAUCAGAGUGGAAGCUUUCAACGCUGCGUUCGCGGCCCUCAGGAGGCUACUGCCAACAUUACCACCAGACAAGAAGCUGUCUAAAAUUGAAAUCCUUAGAUUAGCAAUAUGUUACAUCGCGUAUUUGAAUCAUGUAUUGGACGCUUAA